CCGAACUUUUGGCAAAAGUUCACCGUGCAGCACCUGUGUGAGAGACUCUCAGAGACAGAGCUACAGCAUUUGGCUGUAUCCCACAACUUCGUCUUGAAUCAUUUCCAUUUCUUCCUGUUAUUCUCGCAAUCAUGUCUGCUGCACAGCUAUUGAACCCCAAGGCCGAGUCGAGGAGGAGAGGAGAAGCCCUCAAGGUCAACAUCUCCGCUGGAGAAGGUCUACAGCAGGUCUUGUCAUCAAACUUGGGACCACUGGGAACGCUGAAGAUGUUGGUUGAUGGAUCAGGAAGCAUCAAACUCACAAAAGAUGGCAGCGUCUUAUUAAAAGAGAUGCAAAUCCAAAAUCCCACCGCCGUCAUGAUCGCCCGCGCCGCUACCGCACAAGACGAAAUCACCGGCGACGGUACCACCUCAGUUGUUCUCAUGGUCGGCGAACUCCUCAAGCAAGCGGACCGCUACAUCUCCGAAGGGCUGCACCCUCGAGUGAUCACGGACGGCUACGAGCUCGCGAAGACGGAAGCGCUCAAAUUCCUCGACGCUUUCAAGCUGAAGCGUGAGGUCGACCGCGAACUCCUGCUUUCCGUUGCCCGCACAUCGCUCGCUACCAAAUUGAACAGCUCGCUUGCCGAGAAGCUGACUCCUGAUAUCGUGGAUGCGGUGUUGGCGAUCUACCAGGCGCCUGCGAAGCCGGAUUUACAUAUGGUGGAGAUCAUGACGAUGCAGCAUCGGACGGCGUCGGAUACCCAGCUGAUUCGUGGGCUGGCGCUGGACCAUGGAGCGAGACAUCCGGACAUGCCGAAGAAGGUCAAGAAUGCGUUCAUCCUAACACUAAACGUGAGCUUGGAGUACGAGAAGUCGGAGAUCAACUCCGGAUUCUACUACUCGAGCGCCGACCAGCGGGAAAAGCUCGUCGAGAGUGAGCGAAAAUUUGUGGACGCGAAGCUGAGGAAGAUCGUGGAGUUGAAGCAGCAUGUUUGCGGUGAUGAUCCGAAGAAGGGAUUCGUCGUCAUCAACCAGAAAGGAAUCGAUCCUCUGAGCUUGGAUGUGUUGGUCAAGAACGGGAUCUUCGCCUUAAGAAGAGCCAAGCGAAGGAACAUGGAGAGGUUACAGCUCAUCUGUGGAGGCAUCGCUCAGAACAGCGUUGAAGAUCUGUCACCGGACGUUCUUGGGUGGGCUGGGCUGGUUUAUGAGCAUCAGCUCGGUGAAGAAAAGUUCACGUUCAUCGAGGAGGUCAAGGACCCCAAAUCCGUCACACUCCUGAUCAAAGGUCCCAAUCAGCACACCAUCACGCAGAUCAAGGAUGCUGUUCGUGAUGGCCUCCGCAGCGUGUAUAACAUGAUCGUCGACAAGAGCGUGGUCCCUGGUGCCGGAGCCUUCCAGGUCGCCUGCCACGCCCAUCUGACCGGCGAGAAGUUCCGCAAGGAAGUCAAGGGCAAGGCGAAGUACGGAGUAACCGCAUUCGCGGAUGCGCUGCUUGUGAUCCCCAAGACCCUCGCCGCCAACGCUGGCCAUGAUGUUCAGGAUUCCCUUGCCGCACUUCAGGAUGAGCAGGCGGAAGGCAAUGUCGUUGGUCUGGACCUCAUCACCGGUGAGCCGAUGGAUCCCGUCCAAGAAGGUGUAUUCGACUCUUUCCGAGUGCUGCGAAACUGCAUAGCAUCAAGCUCGGGCAUUGCCUCGAACUUGCUGCUAUGUGAUGAGAUGCUCAAAGCACGGCAGAUGGGCGGUGGAGGACCUCCAGGAGGAGACUGAUGACCAUACCUUUGGUGAAGGACUUCGAGUCGCUGCUGAAGGACCAACGUUGAAAGACGACCAUUAGAGUAUACCCAAAAAACAUUGCGGCACUGUACAGUAAUGAAAAUGCCUGUUAUCAUCGGCGACAGGGCGCUCUGGUCUAUAGGUCCAUUAGAAAUCAACUUCAGGGGUACAGCA